UUUACUUUCUCGAGAGUGGCAUCGGUGUGAGGCCCCGGCGAGCGCCCCGGCUCUCGUUAUCAGUCCUCUGCAGCCGCCGCGGCCGCAUCUCCCAGUGGACGCUCCUGGAACACUAGCCCCUUGUCUCCCAAGCCAACCAUUCCUACGCCGCCAACGUCGUCGUCGUUGUUAUACACCUGAAGAAUAUAACUGUGACGGCCGCCACGCUACGGACGCGCCUGCCGCCGCCAUGACUUUACUCAAGCUCAGCGUGGUUUUGGCGACGGUCGGGGUGCUGGCCUUAGCCGACAAGCCGCCUACGGGACCCCAGCUGCAUCAUUUCACCGGCCAGGGUGGCUACGACUCCUUCGGCCAGAAUUCGGCCCCCGUGCCUGCCUACGGUGGCCCGAGCCAUGACAUUGGGAUUUCUCACCAUGGCGGAGGAGGUGGCUACCCUCCGCCCGUUUACCCUCCUCCCCAAACCUACCACCAAACAGGUUACCAGACGCACUAUGUAAGCAUUCCCAGACCUAUCAGGCAAUCAGGAGGCGAUAAGGGCAAGAGCAAGGGCAAGGGCAAGGGCAACCCCUUCAAGGGAAUCGAUCAGAUGUUCAAGGAUGCUGGGAAGAAGUUAACCAAGUUCAUGAGUGACUACAUUGACUACAACGUGGACGACUCUUACGGUGAGCCCACAUACUCGUACGCUGCACCAGUUGCGGCUUACUCUCCGCCUGCCACGUCCUAUGGUGCUCCAUCUCCUUCUUAUGGCGCCCCAUCUCAGUCUUACGGAGCUCCUGCCCAAACUUACGGCCACACUGAGUACCAUACUACAUACCAGGCUGUCCCCAUCCCAGUAGCUUACGACGAUUAUGAAGAGGAAGAAUCCUUUGGCGGGAAGCUGGCGAAGGGUUGGGACAAGGCAAAGGAACAAUUCUAUAAAUGGGAGGAGGAGACUUCCAAAAAAAUUAAGGACUUCUUCAGCUACGACAGCUACGACGAGGAACCAGAGUACAUAUACUACGAGACGCCUGUACACUACGCUCCUUCCUACGGCGCUCCUGCACCCACCUACCACGCCCCAGCACCCACUUACCACGCCCCAGCACCUGUCGUGUCAGGCAAGGGAAAGGGAAGUUUUGGUGGCAAGGGAGGAUUUGGAGGAGGUGGCAAGGGAGGAUUUGGAGGAGGCGGCAAGGGAGGAUUUGGAGGAGGUAUAGGAGGUGGCAAGGGAGGAUUUGGGGGAGGUAUAGGAGGUGGCAAGGGAGGAUUUGGAGGAGGUAUAGGAGGUGGCAAGGGAGGUUUUAGAGGUGGAAAGGGGAAAGGUGGAGGUGGUCUUGGCAGUAGUAUUGGUAAAGGCAAAGGUGGGAGCGGUUUCCAUGCACCAGCCCCUCAGCCCAUCGUCGUCCAACCCCAGCCCUAUGUUCCUCCUCAACCUUCAUAUGGCCCUCCCCCAACUUCCUAUGGUGCUCCUCCCCCAACGUCAUACAGUGUCCCAGCUGUUCCUGUCCACCACGGCUCUGGCCCUGUUGUGCCCCAUGAUAUAUCUCACGAGACAUCAUCAUAUGCAUCGUAAACUGAGCUGUAUCAAACGGUCCACAUGGUCAAGCUCAUCUGCCUCGUCUUAGCCGAGCCAAAAUCUCUACCUUAAUGCAUGCCAUAGAUUGUAAGCCUUGAUUUCCCCUUAUGUGGGUCCAGAGGCAACCCGCACUCCAUACUUCAUGGUUGUGAUAUUCCAAAUUGCUCUCUACUUCUUGGCUGCUUUUCCUUGGACACGUUUGCCGAGAUGGUACUGAUCCGCCAGGGUUGUCACUUGCUUGUAGUGAGGUAGUGCCACAAACUCUCUCCUGUACAAAAGAUGAACGUGUUUUGCAUCCUUGUUACAAAGCCUUUGAAUUAAGUUUUUUUUUUUACGUAUUUGGAUUGUUAUUUUCUCUGUAAGCAUUAGUGACAUUUGCCUUCCUUGGUGUUUUAUAAAUACUGUUUGUAGUAGAAUAGGUUUGUUGAUACUGUAUCAUGAAUAUAUUGUUGUGUGCUAAAGUUUCAUCUUGCUAGUCAAGAUUUAACAUAAUUUGAAUUAACUGAAACUUUCCAAGACAUUUUAUGUUCUACUAAUUGCUUUCAAAUUUAUGACAUGAAAAUAUUUUUGCUGUUUUCACUUAUUUAUAGGAGAUUUUUAAUAUAUUGCUAGAUAAAUAUAAAUAUUUCCACUUCUUAGAAUGACACCAAAAUAUGCAAAGUAAAGACUAAGGAAGGAACCACUGGCGCCAAGUGUGCAAGUUUAGCACUCAGUGUUCUGUAUGUAGCAACGCCACUUGUUUAUGUACGAGAAUAUUUCAAACAAGAUUUUUUUACUCUAUAACAUUUCAGUUUAUUGUGUCCUUUUUUUAGAACAUACAAGCUAAACCUUCUAAAUUUCAAUAAUGUAAGUUUACUAUCGUUCUCUAAGGGUUCUUUCAGUCAACAGGAAGUAAAAAAUUUGGAGUGUGUAGGUGGUCAGUGCGGCUCCCAGGUGGUAUAUAUAAGAACCACUGGCUGGUCCAGAGGUUCAUUCUCAGUCUUACUUAUAAUUUUGUUGUCAGCGACGCUAGUGGAAACUUGCACUCUUCAUUAGCAUUUUUUCUUAAGAUCCUUGCAAAGUGACGCCGUCACAGUAUUAGCUCAACUUUGUACGUCUCUUUUGUUCCACAUUCUUCUUCCUCUUCACUCACAUAUCUUGUUCUCUCUUACGCUUCACUUUCUAUUGAAUAACUUCCAUUAUGUAAAUAAAUAUAUGUUUAAAUUUGUUGUAAUUAAAAAAAAUAAGCACUACCAAUUUUGGUAUAUUUACAAAUUUGGCCAAGCACUGACAUUAAAAAUAUUAUGGGCCAGUGAUUACGUUAUAGAGCCUGAAACAAACUUCAGAUGCUGCACUGUAAGUUUCUCAUGCAACUAAUAAAUAUUAAAAUCUAAAAUACCCCAAAAUGGUUACGAACAAUAUUUAUGUGGCAUAUAUUUAUGAGCAUAAAUUUGAUCUUUCACAAGUGUAUUGAACACGCCAAGUGAACGAGAGUUUCACACUUAAACAUCUAUUGCUACUGUAUUUCUUCUUCGUAAGCAUCGUAAUGUCAUGAUGUUUUAGUUGUAUAAAAAAUCAGCAUACCAAAUCAAAUCACAGAAUUUUAGUGUUAGGUUAUUUCGCAUUUCCUUUCUGGUUUUCCAGGAUAUUUAGGAUAUUCCAAUAUUUUUUCUUGCUUCAAUAGUUUCCCCACACUUGUCUCCCUCUACCACUAGUUUAAAAUAACCUGUCACCUGCUGGCCACUCUCCCUGGGUGGUGGUGGACAAAAUCAGGACUUUGCUCAAAACUCACUAGUGGGAAUGGUUUCCCAGUUGUGUCACUCUUCUUGAUGACUUGAAGGACCCAUUCCUGAAACGGAGCAUUGUUUAUUUGUAAACCGAGUUGUCAUAUACAUGUCUUUUUUUCAAUAAGCGUUGGAACAUGCCAGUUUGUAAUGCAUCAUUUGUUAUUAUGUAAAGAUCAGCCACUGAGCGCCACUGGUAGUAUUUAGAUAUGGCCAUUUAUUUAGGUAUAACUUAAGUCUCCAUAUUCUGGUACUGUCGUAGUCGCCUAUGGCUGAUGUUCCUCCUUGAGCCUGUAGGAGUGCUGGGAAAGUCAACUGCAAAGAUUAUUUUUCACUGUAAAAUUUAUGUAAUUGUAUCUUAAAGCUCAUUUUUUCUUCUUACUCUAAUGAUGGACACUCAAUAUUUAAUCUGGUCAAAAUACCCAGCAACCAUUUCUGCUAACUGCUUAUAAAGUAUUCGGAAUUUUCAACACGAUUUCCCCUCCAAUAUAAAACAAAAAUAAAACCAUCUAAAGCUAUCUCCUGCGGUUACGAACUUAUUAACAUAAAACACAAUAUCCAGAGUAUAACCCUUUAUGAUCCACUGUGACCUAACAUAAUAAAAAAAAAAUAAUAAUAAUGUGUGUAGACUUUCCCUGCACCCUUGUAAAUGAUGUCUCAGGAGUUACCUCAUUGUGUAUCAUUAUUGUAGUGUAAGCUUAUACAUUAUAGCAUUAAGAUUAUUUUCUAUAUGAUGCUGUAAAGUACAGAAAUUUGUGUGUCUCAUCUUUAUAAACCAAUAAAGGCCUUUUUAAAUGUUUAA